AUGGACCGCCGGUAUCGGUAUUUUUAGUGACUUCUUCGCGGGACAGAGCGAAAGGAAAUAUUUCCGUGGAUUAAAAAAAAAAAAAGGUUAUUUUUCUGUUUGGGAAGAUGGGAUUAUAUCAGAGGAAUCGUAGGAGAAUUGCUGCUUCGCCAAAAUCAGCUUGAAAAGGCUUCAGACAGGCCCAUAUGAUUCCAGCCAGCAUGUUUCAGUGAUCUUUCUGUGUACCUGUGUCCAGGCCAGCAGUGCCAGACGGGAGAAGAUGGCAAAAGUCUGCAGUGAAAACUCCUUUUCAGCCAGACGGCGGCUGUCCACCAGCGACGAUGAGCUUGCUGUCAUUGAAAAUGGGGAGAGCAGAGCUCACUCUCUUUGUGGAGACAUCUCUGACAGAGUUCUUCCCUCAGAGUCCCACAGAGACUCGUUUACAGGUGCCGGGGCAAUGGCCAGACUGUCUUACUUCUUCUUCAUGCUGCGGAAUUGGGCGUCUCACAGAGUGAAACCCGAGCAAGAGAGGCACGACUCUUUCCUCGAGCGUUUCAGAGGUCCAGAGCUCAAAGACACGUCCAGUCGAGACAGCAACACUCAGUCUGCGGGCCAUCACGACGCAGUCCGCAGGAGAAAUCUUGCCAGUAAGUGGCCGCUGGCUGCUUACAACAUGAAUAACUGCAACAACACAGACGACAAAAAAGAGGAUAAAAAAGAGGAGAUUAAAAAAGAUGAGAAAAAGGAGGAGAAAAAAGAUGAAGAGAAGAAGGAUGGGGACAAGAAAGAAGAGGAAAAGAAAGAUGAGAAAAAGGAUGAAAAAAAGGAUGAGAAGAAGGAUGAGAAAAAAGAUGAGAAAAAAGAUGAGAAGAAAGAUGAUAAAAAGAAAGAAGAGCCACCGAAAGAAAUCUGGAUUAUGGAUCCAGCUGCAGAUCAGUACUACAGAUGGCUCUCCGUCAUCGCAGGCCCGGUGUUUUUCAACCUGAUGAUGAUCAUAACGAGGGCCUGCUUUAACGAACUCCAGGAGACGUAUCUAAACUUAUGGCUAGUGCUGGACUACACCGCAGACAUCAUCUACUACGCAGACACUUUUGUCAGAUCAAGAACAGGUUACCUGGAACAAGGCCUACUGGUAAAAGAUGCCAAAAAACUGAGAGAUAAAUACAGAACGACUUCUCAGUUCAAAUACGACAUGAUUGCAAUGAUACCCACUGAUCUGCUGUUUCUGAAAUAUGGAAUCCACAACCCGGAGUUCAGAUUAAACCGCCUUUGCAAACUCUCGAGGCUUUUUGAGUUUUUUGAGCGGACUGAAACCAGAACCAGCUUUCCGAAUAUGUUCCGUAUCAGCAAUCUCGUCCUUUAUAUCCUUGUUAUUAUCCACUGGAAUGCUUGUUUAUUCUUCGCCAUUUCAAAAUCCAUCGGUUUUGGGUCGGACACUUGGGUUUACCCCAAUAUCAGCCACCCAGAACACGGCCGCUUGGCAAGAAAGUACAUCUACUCCCUCUACUGGUCCACACUGACCCUCACCACAAUUGGAGAGACCCCUGCACCCGUCAGAGAUGUUGAGUAUCUCUUUGUCAUUGGCGACUUCCUCACUGGUGUGCUGAUUUUUGCUAGUAUUGUCGGUAACGUUGGUGCCAUGAUCUCCAACAUGAAUGCCUCUCGUGCUGAGUUCCAGGCAAAGAUUGACUCCAUAAAGCAGUACAUGCAGUUUCGAAAGGUCAGCAAAGACCUGGAGGCCAGGGUCAUCAAGUGGUUUGACUACCUGUGGACUGAGAAGAAAACCUGCGAUGAAAAGGAAGUUUUAAAAACGCUCCCGGACAAGCUGAAGGCUGAGAUUGCCAUUAAUGUCCAUUUGGAUACGCUGAAGAAAGUGCGGAUUUUUCAGGACUGUGAAGCUGGUCUGUUGAUAGAGUUGGUGCUCAAGCUGCAGCCACAGGUGUUCAGCCCUGGAGAUUACAUCUGUAAGAAGGGGGAUAUUGGCAGAGAGAUGUACAUCAUUAAGGAAGGGAAGCUAGCAGUGGUGGCUGAUGAUGGAGUGACUCAGUUUGUAGUGUUGAGUGACGGCGCAUACUUUGGGGAAAUCAGUAUCUUGGGUAUCAAGGGCAGCAAAGCAGGCAACAGAAGAACGGCCAACAUCAGAAGCGUAGGCUACUCAGAUCUUUUUGCCCUGUCCAAAGACGACUUGAUGGAAGCGCUUACCGAGUAUCCAGAUGCCAAAAAGGCUCUGGAAGAGAAGGGGAAAGCCAUCCUGAUGAAGGACAAUCUGAUUGACGAGGCAGUUGCGAAUGCCGGUGCUGACCCCAAGGACAUGGAGGAGAAGAUCACCAAACUGCAGAACAACCUGGAAACCAUGCAGACCAAGUUCGCCCAGCUGAUGGCGGAGUUCACGGCCAAUUCGACAAAAAUGAAGCAAAGGGUCUCGGCGAUGGAGACCAAAGUGAAAUCCAUAAAACCAGAGGAUCUGUCUGAGGUGGUGGCUGACAAAGACAAAAAGGUCCAGUAAUACGAGAGAUACUUGAGAACUUUACACGAGUGUCACUUUUAAGGCCACAAUUAUAUCCAUUUAUACACCAUGUUUAUCAUCAGUAUGUGUCAAAUUGUGUACAGCAUAUGCAGCAAAUGUAUAUUUUUGUGUGUAUGCUAUGAAUGACAGCCAAUUUCACAUUUUUAUCAAACUACUUAAAUGUGUUGAGCAAAAAAAUGAUUUUCAUAACAUUAGAACAUUUUUUCAGAAAAUAUAUUGAUCUGAGGUUAAAAAAAAAUGCAGCUGAUAUCCAUUUCACACGGCUGUGCAUAAGUUGCUGUCAGCAUAUCAGUUGUAUAUCUUGUAUGUGAAUAAACAUUAAAGUGUUCAUAUAACAUUCACUGUACGUUGGUAUAUUGUCAUGUUGUGGGUGAAUGAACAUCGUGAACUCACAGUUUUUUCAUUUGUUUGUAA